AUGAGUGAAUUAUUUGUUUUAGGAUCUACUGGUUUAGUAGGUGGGUUUGUAAUCAAGACUGGCCUUCAAGCCAAGCAAUGGACCAAGAUAACUACACUUACGAGACGUGAACCACAAUUUGCUACUGAAGAGAAAAUUGAUGCCAUUGUUAACACCGAUCUUGAUGAGUGGCCUAAUAUUAUUAAAGACGUUAAACCAACGCCAUUUGCUUUUAUUUCCGCCUUUGGUACCACUAGAGCCGCUGCUGGAUCAGCAGAGAAUUUUAAAAAGAUUGACUAUGGUACUAAUUUAGAUGCGGCACGAGCAGCUAAAGAGAGUGGAGCCAAGGCUUGUAUUUUGGUUUCGGCAUUUGGUGCCAGUACGAAAUCACCGUUUUUUUACUUCAGGACGAAAGCACAUCUAGAGGAGGCUAUAAUUGCAUUGGAUUUCGAUUACACGAUUAUUUUGAGACCCGGUAUGUUGAUUGGUGAAAGGGAUGGUAAAUCAGACUGGGCCCAUAAGUUAGCCAAGUUGACUCAAAAUGCAGUUUUUUCUCCUGUAUUCAGAUCAAUUCAUGCUAGUGAUGUGGGUAAAAUUGCUGUGCAUUUUGCUAAUCGUGCGAAACAAGGUGACAUGAGAGAGAAGGUGAAGAUUGUUGAUGGUGGUGAGUUGUUGGAGUUGGUUGCAAGUGAGAAGAUCGAAUAG